GCCUGGUUUAUCUUCCACUGACUCUCUGCUCCAAUAGACCAAGUCUUCAGCUAGGCUGCAGCUGUAUUUGGUGCCUGUAGUCCAUCCAUCCAUUCACCUUUCUCUUCAUCAUGUGUCUUCUGUUUCUGGGUCUCCUCUUCCUUCUAAUCGGAGAAAUUACACAUGCAACGGGUUGUCCUCUUGGAUAUAAAAUUGCCGGACGAAAAAAUAAAACAUGCGUAGAUAUUGAUGAGUGUACAGAGACCCCAGAUCUCUGUGGAAAGAAUGGUGUGUGUAACAAUAAAAAUGGCUCAUAUUUCUGCACAUGUGAAGAUGGGUUUAUUUCCAAGCCAAAAGAAAUGAAGACAUUUACAGCGAUUGAUAAGGUUAAAUGUAAAGAUUUAAAUGAGUGUCUGAAUGAGACGGGUCUCUGUGGAGACAAUGCUGAGUGUAAGAAUACAGAAGGCUCAUAUUUCUGCACAUGCAAAGGAGGAUUUGCUCCGAGCAAUGGAAAGGAGACAUUUAAAGCAGACCAGGGGGUUACAUGUAAAGAUAGGGAUGAAUGUGAGAUGCCAGAAUGUGAGAAGAAUGCAGUCUGUAAGAACACUGCAGGUGAUUACUACUGUACCUGUAACCCGGGCUACAAGCACACUUCAGGAAAAUCUAAAUUCACUCAAGGCGAGGGAGUCUGUGAACGUAAGGCUUCACUUCUUUCCUAA